CGUUGCACAUUUAUACGGCAAUCAGCAGGAUCAAGAACAGUCCAAAUUAGAAAAUGCCUAUACUAUCGAAAAAGGUUUUAUUGAAAGCUCGCCUGAUUUAUUUCGAUUUGGGAAAGCUACAGACACAGCAACAC